GGCGUCCGGCCCGCAGGCCGGCGGGGCCCUCAGCGCGGGCCUCAACAUGGCGGCCGCCGCCGUCGCCUCGUCGUCGGCCUCGGCCUCCCCCUUGGGCAUCCUCAUCGGCGACCGCCUCUACUCGGAGGUGUCGCUGAGCCUGGACCAGUCCCUGAUCCCCGAGGAGCGGCUGUCGCCCACGCCGUCCAUGCAGGACGGCCUCGACCUCCACAGCGAAACCGACCUCCGCAUCCUGGGCUGCGAGCUCAUACAGGCCGCGGGAAUCUUGCUCCGCCUGCCGCAGGUGGCCAUGGCCACGGGCCAGGUGUUAUUCCACCGCUUCUUCUACUCCAAGUCCUUCGUCAAACACAGCUUCGAGAUCGUCGCCAUGGCCUGCAUCAAUCUCGCCUCCAAAAUCGAGGAAGCCCCUCGCCGAAUAAGAGAUGUGAUAAAUGUCUUUCACCACUUACGCCAGCUGAGAGGAAAAAGGACUCCAAGCCCCCUGAUCCUUGAUCAGAACUACAUAAACACCAAAAAUCAAGUAAUCAAGGCAGAGAGGAGGGUAUUGAAGGAAUUGGGAUUUUGUGUUCAUGUCAAGCAUCCACACAAGAUCAUUGUUAUGUAUUUACAAGUCCUAGAAUGUGAACGGAAUCAAACCCUGGUUCAGACAGCCUGGAAUUACAUGAAUGACAGCCUUCGGACCAAUGUGUUUGUUCGGUUUCAGCCAGAGACAAUAGCAUGCGCUUGCAUCUAUCUUGCUGCCAGAGCCCUCCAGAUCCCACUGCCUACUCGCCCCCAUUGGUUUCUGCUGUUUGGCACCACUGAAGAGGAUAUUCAGGAAAUUUGUAUAGAAACCCUCCGACUUUAUACUCGAAAAAAGCCAAAUUAUGAGUUGCUGGAGAAAGAAGUAGAAAAGCGAAAAGUGGUGCUUCAAGAAGCCAAACUGAAAGCAAAGGGAUUGAAUCCUGAUGGAACUCCUGCGCUUUCUACCUUGGGUGGCUUUUCACCUGCCUCUAAACCAUCAUCGCCAAGAGAAGUAAAAACAGAAGAAAAAACACCAGUGUCUCUGAGUGUGAAGACUCUGAAAAAGGAACCUGAAGAUCGACAGCAAGCUUCCAAAAGCCCUUAUAAUGGUCUCAGAAAGGACAGCAAGAGAAGUAGAAACAGUAGAAGCGCCAGUCAGUCAAGGUCCCGGACGAGAUCCCGUUCUAGAUCUCACACUCCCAGAAGACAUUACAACAAUAGGCGGAGUCGAUCUGGGACUUACAGCUCGAGGUCAAGAAGCAGGUCCCAUAGUCACAGUGAAAGCCCUCACAGACAUCAUAAUCAUGGCUCGCCCCACCUUAAAGCCAAGCACACCCGGGAUGAUCUUAAGAGUUCAAACAGGCACGGUCACAAGAGGAAAAAAUCCCGUUCUCGAUCUCCGAGCAAAUCCCGUGAUCACUCAGAUGCAGCCAAGAAACAUCGGCAUGAAAGGGGACAUCACAGAGACAGGCGUGAAAGAUCUCGCUCAUUUGAACGAGCUCACAAAGGCAAACACCACGGUGGCAGUCGUUCGGGACAUGGCAGACACAGGCGCUAAUUUUUAAUUUUUUUUAUUAUUAUUUUUUUAGGCCCCAUCAGUUCUUAGUUAUGUCCGUCUAAGGUGUGUGGACUCUAACUGAAAUAUUAAGCAAACGGAUUAGGAUAUGAUUUAUUAAAGUCUCCUCCACGUUCCUAGAAACAUUGAGGACAUUUUCUUUGGAAAAAUAUUAAUUUUUUGCACAUUAAAAUACCCUACCAGUAUAAUGGAUUCAUUGGAAAACCUCGGUCAGGUUCAAUUGUACCUAUUAUAGUUAUGUAUUGUUUAUCAACAUAAGAACUGGAGAAUGAACUUCUGUUAAAAAGUACCUUAUUUUUAUACAGAUAAAUUGCAGACACUGUUCUAUUUAAGUAUGGUAUUGGUUUGAAUAAUGGUGGAUACUUUCUUACACUGGUUUGUCUGCAUGUGUAAAGAUUUUUACAAGAAAAUAAAAUACAGAUCUUUUUUAA